AUAAAUUUGUUUUCAUUGACAAUCUGUACUUCUUUCUUUUUGUCUUUUUUGCCUUAUAUCUUAUGCUUUUCUUUCAAUUUGACAUAACAAAUAUUCUUGUAGGGAUCUGUAGUAUUAUGGCUUGUGCUGUCAUCAUCAUCAGGGAAGCACGCCCAGAUACAAAGCUAAAUUAUUCCAAAUUUGCAAUAAAAGGCCUAUCUUGUGGCAAAAUGCUGCCUUCACGCACUGGUAUGUUUAUGAUCUAUUGUCCAGCUUUUAUCAUAUCGCUUAUAUCAGCCUGUCAAUCAAUCAUAACAAAUGCCUUUGAGCCACAAAAAAACUAUCGCGUGCUGCUGGUGUCAGUGUUUAUUCUUUUACAUUACAGCAAGAGACUUUUUGAAGUACGCUUUAUACAUCAUUAUUCGGGACACUGCAAGCUUAGGGAUUGCUUUACUAUCGCUAGCUCAUAUGUGGGACUUUCUGUCUUGGUAAAGAUAUUCACUGAACAGGUACCUCUGUCACAUGUUUCCCCACAUUUAACUUUGCUGGGCGUUGUAUGCUUCAUUAUCGGAGAGUGUGCAAACUUUUAUCACCAUGUAUUACUAAAAAACUUACGACAAGGUGGCUCAAAAGAAUACAAGAUACCUAAGCAUGGACUAUUUGAAUAUGUAUGGUGUCCUCAUUAUUUGGCAGAGAUGGUUUCUUUUUUUUCCAUCGCUAUGAUAUCUCAACAUUGGAUCGUAUUUAUUCUAAGUGUUGGUUCAUCUCUUUACUUGGCCACCCGAGCAUAUAAUACAAGAGAAUGGUACAGACAAAGAUUUGAUAAAAUUCCAGCACGAUGGUGUCUUGUACCUUUUAUCUUUUAAGCAACUAGUAAACACAUAUUGAAAAUAAGGGAUUAAAUCUCCCCUUCUUUGUUGCUGUAAAAAAAAAAAGCCCUAUUUGGCAUGGUUAUCUAUCACGCCUUUUAUUAUUAUUAUUUGUUUAAAGAGGUACUUUAUUAAGUUUCAAAGCCCAUUUGAAC